CUAAAAUAUUCAACAUGUACGGUGUUUGCGCUUUUCAUUUACGCCAUAGGUUUACGCUAUGGUUUACGCUCACUCAGCUAAGUUACUUUAAACAAACACUAGCACAAUACAAUCACAAUGGAAAAUUAAUGUAAAAUUAAGUUUAACGGAAAUCAUACAAAUUAAAAGGAAAGGAAAAAAAACAUUUUGAUUAUAUUACAAUGGAUAACAGACCUAGAGGUCGUGCCGCCUUGAAAGAAGCUCUUUUGCGCUCACUACGUCGCCCUGGUGAAGAUGAAACCGCUUCAACUGCGUCCCCGGAACCUUUGGCGCAGACAACUUCGGCACCUACAGUUUUAAAACCCAAGCCAUCACGCGCUGAACUUAUCCAGAAACUGCUCAGACAGGCAUCUAGUGCAAAUUCAUCUACAUCCACACCAACAGAAUCACCUUCUGUACCAGUAUCUCAAGUAACUCAGAAAAUAGAGAAAUUGCAGGUAACAGAACCUCAGCCAUUCAAAAAAGGGGAAAAGUGCAAAUCUGGUGCUGUAAUUGGCAUUAAAGCUAAUUACAUUCAUAUGAAUUGUGAUAAGGGCAAGGGUUUCCAUAGGUAUGAAGUAAAAUUCUCACCUGAUGUGGACAGUAAGGCGGCCCGUCAUAAGUUGAUAAAAGCAAUAGUACCUGAUCUUGGAGGUGUUCACAUUUUUAAUGGAAUGAAUGAUUUGUACUUACCAAUGCAGCAAAACAAUGAAAGGCAAACUUUUGAAGUCCAGCAUCCAUUCAAUCCAGAAAUGAUUGUUCAAAUAGUUGUUAUCUACAAGAGAUUAGAACCUCCAGGAAGUAAAGAUAGCAUUCACUUUUUAAACGUGCUAUUCAAACGAAUCAUGAACCAACUGCAAAUGAUACAAAUCAAUCGUAAUUACUUCGACUUCUCCCUAAAAAAGUGCAUCCCACAACACAAUUUAGAGAUUAUUCCUGGGUUUGCGGUCGCCGUGGAUGAAAUGGAAGGCGGAUUGAUGAUAUGCCUAGACACGUGCCAUAAACUCCUGCGUAAAAAAUCCGUCUUAGAACUAAUAUCUGAUAUCAGGCGCAAUUUUCCGAAUGAUUUUAAGGGAAAAGCUACCGAUGAGCUGCUCGGACAAACCAUUCUCACAACUUACUCGAAUAUGAAUUACAUCGUCGACGACAUUUUAUGGGAUAUAACUCCAACUCAUACAUUUGAAACAAAGAGUGGGCCAGUUACUUAUAUAGACUAUUUUAAGAAUCAUCACGGUGUGGAGAUUACAAACCACGGUCAACCGCUUCUUCUGAGUAUGAAGAAAAAGAAAACUGGUAUAGCUGGUAAGGAAGAGACUUUUAAAAUUUGUUUAAUUCCGGAAUUAUGCAAUUUGACCGGCAUUAGUCAAGAUCUAAUGAACCGCAAAUUCUUGAAAGAUAUGGCCGAACAUACUCGCCUGACUCCAGCGAAGAGAUUUGAUGUUUUGAAUCGGUACAUCCAGAAUGUCCGAUAUAGUCCAGAAGCGAGUAAAAUAUUGAAAGACUGGGGAUUGUCUAUAAAUGACGGUGUUAUCGAUUUGAACGCUAGGGUGUUGAGCGAUAAUAAGAUCACAUUUAGGAACAGGAAGAUUGAUACUUCUAAUGUGGCAGAUUGGGGGACUUCAUGCGCUCGAGAUAAUUUGAUUAAUCCUAUUAAUAUGACAAGUUGGAUUGCCCUGUGUACAGAUAGAGAUGUGGGAUUGCUAGAGAAAUUUAUUGCUCGCUUGUGUGGAUUGGCCAAAGGAUUUGGUUGUGUGAUAACUCCGCCUAAGAUAGUCAAAGUCGGGAAAGGAGCUGAUAUGAAUUAUAGGGAGGCUUUGGAACAGCACGCCAAUGACAAUGUACAAAUCUUUCUUAUAGUGGUACCCAUAGCCCGAGAUUCGCUUUAUAAUGUAUUGAAGAAUACAACGCUUGCUAGAAAAGGUAUUUUGAGUCAGGUGGUGAAAGUGGGUACUUUAAACAAUGACAGAAUUGCCGGCGCGGUUACGUUGAAGUUGGGAUUGCAAAUGCAGGCGAAGCUAGGCGGUAGUUUGUGGGGGGUUGUCUUUCCGUCGAUUUGUAACGAUUUUAUGUUUUGCGGUAUUGAUACAUUCCAUUCCAAAGGACACAAGAAGAGUGUAGGUGCUUUAACGUGCACCAUUGAUGAGAGACAAACUAGAUAUUAUACGGGUUUGGCGUUUCAAGCGCAUGAGAUUGCGGAUGCGUUGAAAUUACACUUUAAAGCUGCUUUGGAAGCUAGGAGGGAUAUGACUGGAAGAUUCCCGUCGGUUGUGUUCAUGGUACGUGAUGGUGUAGGAGAUGGACAGUUGGAACAUGUGAGGGAGUAUGAAAUGAAGCAAUAUUUGAGUGUGGGAGCUGAUAUUGGAGCAAAUUUCAAGUUUUGCUUUAUUGUUAUCCAGAAGCGAAAUAAUACGCGUUUCAUGUUGGUACAAAACCAAAACCCGCCGCCUGGCACCGUUGUCGAUCACACGAUUACACGCAAGAAUUACGAAGAUUUUUAUUUGGUUCCUCAAGCGACACGCAUUGGUACAGUCAGUCCUGUGCAUUACAUCGUCCUGCACAACGAUUCUCCUGAUUUGAAUCUCGAGCGCAUUCAGAAGUUGUGCUUUAAAUUAUGCCAUUUAUACUACAACUGGACAGGAACAGUUUCGGUACCUGCACCGUGUCAAUACGCGCACAAAGCUGCUUAUCUCAUUGGCGAACACAUGGAGCGCAAACCUUUGGACAGCCUGAAUGACAAACUGUAUUACUUGUAGACUGACUUUGAUUUUUAACUUCACAUUUUCUUAUUCAUUCAUUCAUUUAUGUUUUUAAUUUGUUUGACUCAAGGAACGAUUUAUUUGCUGUUUAUUAAUUUAGAAUUACGUCCUCAGAAAUGUGAUUGUAUGGUAAAAAUGCCAUAUGUAAAUGAAGUUUAGCAGCCAAUAAUUACCUUGAAUCUAGUUACCAAAUAAUGUUAAUUUAGUUCUUGUCUGAUAUUUCAGAGAAAAUGACUUGUAUCUUUGUUAGGUCGGAAACUUUUCGGACCACCCUCGUAUAAUGUUACACUAAUGCUAUAAAUUUACAAUUUAAACUUUUAAGAGAAUUAUAUAUUAUAUUUUUAUAAGCAACGUUUAUUAAUAAAAUAUUCUUGUGUUCUUAAAUGUACAUAAA